CGCAGCGCCAGCGAUCGUCUACAGCUACACGAUCUCCACCAUCACCGACGACGACGACGACGACGCCGCCUAUGGCCUCCUCGCCGCCGUCCCAGCCGGUCAACAUCGGCAGCCCCCGCGCGCGCCCCGCCUUCGCCGCCCCUUCUGGCACCCCUGGCGCAGGCACCCCCGCCUCACUGCGCGUCCCCUUCUACGGCACGCCGCCGCCCGUCGCCAACAUCCCGCCCCGCUCUGGUACGCCGCGCAACGGUGGCACGCCCCGCGCCUCACCCGCCCUCCUCCCCAGCGCGACGUCCGAGUCCCCGCGCAGUUUGGGCGGCCUGAGCGCGAGCCGGCCUGUCGUGGGCACCCCCGGCAGCGGGGCCGGGGCGAGCGACCGUGAAACGAUGCUCGACGAGUUGACGGAAGAGGAGAAAGCCCGCGUGCUGCGCAAGCACCUCGUCUCGCGCGAAGAGCGCGAGCAGGCCCUCGGCGGACCCAGCAGAAGCGACGCUGGUUCGGAGGGCGGGCGCUCGCGCCGCUCGUCGCACGCCGUACGCGAGGACUCGGAAGCGUUCCCCGUGCCCUAUCAUGCCCCCGGCGCGGACAUCACACACACGCUCUACAAGUGGCAAGCCGACCAGCGUCGGAAGCAGCGCCCGCGCGCGGCCUCCUUCUCCGCCCAGUCCUCGACCUCGCGCGACCCCGCUUUCGAAAACAUCCACGAGCCCGGCGGCUUCCGCCGUGCCUACGUCCUUCAGCGUGCCGGCGAAAACGGCGACAGGCCCCGCAUGUUGCGCAACUUUGUCGAGUUCCUUUUCAUCUUUGGCCACUUUGCCGGCGAGGACCUGGAAGAGAUCGACGAAGAGGACGAGGGAGAAGAGGGACCUGCGGAUGCGGAGCGGGCAGCGGGAUAUGAGACGUACGACGGCCCGUCGGCGGGGCUACCGGGCGAGACACCCAAACCCGACGAGCGCACGCCGCUCAUGGGUCACAGACGGCCUAGGUCGAAAAGCAUCGGCCCGCAUGGGGACGCAACUGUCACCCAGGCCGUGCUUGUCCUCCUCAAGGGAUUCGUCGGCACCGGUAUCUUGUUCUUGGGCAGGGCAUUCUACAACGGCGGCAUCCUCUUUUCCGCCUUUCUCCUCUCCUUUAUCGCCCUCGUCUCUCUCUACUCUUUCCUUCUGCUUGUGAAAGCCAAAUUCGUCGUUUCCGGCUCAUUCGGCGAUAUCGGUGGCGCACUGUACGGUCCUUAUAUGCGCUACGCCAUCCUCUCGUCCAUCGUCAUCUCCCAGCUUGGCUUCGUCUCUGCAUACAUCAUCUUCGUCUCGGAGAACCUGCAGGCGUUCGUGGCCGCCGUCUCAGGAUGCACACGCCUCGUCGGUCUGCCGUACUUCAUCCUCCUUCAACUCGUCGUGUUCCUCCCGCUCGCGCUCAUCCGCAACCUGGCGAAGCUGAGCACGACGGCGCUCGUCGCUGACGUGUUCAUCGUCGCUGGGCUCAUCUACAUAUUCGGCUCGGAGGCGAUCAUCAUGGCUGAGCGCGGCCCCGCGCGUGUCGAGCUCUUCAACCCGCGCGACUUCCCUCUGCUCAUCGGCACCGCCAUCUUCUCGUUUGAAGGCAUCGGGCUCGUCAUUCCCGUCACGGACGCGAUGAAGGAGCCUCGCAAGUUCCCGGCCGUGCUCACAGGUGUCAUGAUCGCCCUCAUGUUCCUCUUUGGCGGCGCAGGCGUCAUGUCGUAUCUCACCUUCGGCGCGGACGUGCAGACGGUGAUCAUGCUCAACCUUGACGACAGUCGGAUGCUUCAGUCUGUGCAACUCCUGUACUCGCUCGCCAUCAUGCUCUCCGUCCCGCUCCAGCUCUUCCCCGCCGUGCGAAUCAUGGAGAACGGCCUCUUCGUCCGCUCCGGGCGCGACUCGGCGCGGGUAAAGUGGACGAAGAACGUGUUCCGGUUCGGCGUCGUCUUCACGUGUGCGUUCAUCAGCUGGCUCGGGAGCAGCGACCUGGACAAGUUCGUCGCGUUCAUCGGCAGUUUUGCAUGUGUCCCGCUGUGCUACGUCUACCCCGCGAUGCUCCAUCUAAAAGCGUGCGCGCGCACGCGCCGGCAAAAGAUCGCCGAUUGGGUGCUCAUCGUCUUCGGCAUCGUCGCGGCAGUGUACUCGACCGCCCAAACCGUCAAGCUCAUGGUGGCACCCGCGGAGCCCGGCUCGCCUGUCGGUCGCUGCAUCACUCCAACGGACUAAUUCUCGGUGCCCGUACGUUUAGAUCUAGAACAUGUAGAUCUACACUCGAACCCCCCUUUCUUGCUUGGGUCUGAUUCCAUUCGCCGCGGUAUCUAUGGCUAACUUCCUCAAUCCGAUAUAAUCGACCGAUCAGAGACUCGUGCAG